AUAUUUCAAAAUUCGUAGUUGGAAUUAUCAGAGAACUUGAUUAGGAAUUCAGUUGUGUUGUAUAUGCUGUAGGAUGGGGGGGGGGGAAUCUGUGUUAUCAUUCAUUGACAAGAAUCAAAAUAGUUACUUUUGUACGCUCCCAGUAAGUAAGUCAUGCAGAAAGGGCACAGGGGGCUUUGAGCUCUAGUGUUGCACCGUAAUGUCGAGCCACUUGUCAUAAAGCCAUUUUCCUGAUGUCUUCACUGUUUCCUCAUGUCGUUUUGCAAAGUUUAACAUGCUGCUUCUCCCACAGUUAAGAUUAGCAUUUCUAGCGAGGCGCCGUGCCUGGACUGUCGGGCUAAUCGCCCCCCCGCGUCUCCUCCUCUUGCCCAGGUGAAGGAACUCUUGACGUCGUUCGGACCUCUUAAGGCCUUCAACCUUGUGAAGGACAGUGCCACGUCACUGUCUAAGGGUUACGCUUUCUGUGAAUACGUGGACAUCAGUGCCACUGACCAGGCCGUGGCUGGACUCAAUGGCAUGCAGCUCGGAGACAAGAAGCUCAUCGUCCAGCGGGCAAGCGUGGGGGCUAAGAAUGCCAACGCUACGGCCAUCAUCGAGACGCCGGUGACGCUGCAGGUUCCAGGGCUGCAGCGGCUGCAGAGCUCCGGCAUGCCCACGGAGGUGCUGUGCCUCCUCAACAUGGUCAUGCCCGAGGAGCUGGUGGACGACGAGGACUACGAGGAGAUCCUGGAGGACAUCCGGGAAGAGUGUUGCAAGUACGGCAACGUGUGCUCCAUCGAGAUUCCGCGGCCCGUCGAUGGCGUGGAGGUGCCUGGCUGUGGCAAGGUGGGACCCGUACUCUCCUGUACCAGUGGCAAAAAGAAGACCUCUGUAGGCACUAAACACAGGCUCAUGGGAGCAUUUCUUGCACAAAAGUGUUUUGAAAACGGAAUAAUUUUUUGUGUAAGAAAAACAAUCUGAUUGGUUCAGAUAGACAGACAAUCUGAUUGGUUCAGAUAGACAGACAAUCUGAUUGGUUCAGAUAGACAGACAAUCUGAUCGGUUCAGAUAGACAGACAAUCUGAUCGGUUCAGAUAGACAGACAAUCUGAUCGGUUCAGAUAGACAGACAAUCUGAUCGGUUCAGAUAGACAGACAAUCUGAUCGGUUCAGAUAGACAGACAAUCUGAUCGGUUCAGAUAGACAGACAAUCAUUUUUCAUUCUGCCCUCAACAUUUUCUUUGUGUAAGAAAGAAAAUUUUGUACAAUCAUUGAUUACUCGCAAAUGUUAAUAGUCAUCCGCUGUUUAUCUUGAAUAUGUAAAAGCAGUGCGCGUAUAUUUCCUCGUUAGUAUAGUGGUGAGUAUCCCCGCCUGUCACGCGGGGGCCGGUCGCGUAUAGCCAUAACACAGUGGCAGCCAAUGAAAUUGAAGGAUUUUUUUUGCGAAGCGAAGAGACCCUCCCCGGCGCUGCAAAAUCUCCGUUAAUGAUUUUUUUUCUGAUACAUUUCAAGUUAGAUUGAAAUGCUAAUCAUUUUGAGGCAUGUUUUCAAAAAAGCAUGAACAAAUUUCUCCAUUUCUUGUAAUCACAUUCAUCCAUUAUUCUUCGUUUUCUUGAUAUUGAUGUAUUUAAUAAACAGCUUAAAACUA